UGGGUUUGGGAGGGCGAGCAGCGCGGGCAUCGUUGAGCGUUUGAGGCUCUAGAGCCUGGACAUCGUGGCAAAUCUCAUGACGGAGGCCUCCAAGAAAGAUGGGUAAGAGGUCUGCAUCUUUCCAUUCAGGAGCCCUACACGCUAGCUUCAUGAAUUCAUUGACGAAGUCGUCGACGGAAGCGGUGUGUUGAAGAUGGGAAAGCGUGGAUUUGAGGUCAGUGAUGUUCCCAGCAUCAUAUUGUUCCAAAAAGGCUCUAUUCCCAGGAGGGGUUGGGGUGGCGUGACUCAAAGGCGCUCAUCCACAUCGAUGCGUCAGGCCCAAAGUGGCCACCUUUCCAGUCGGAGGAACUCUGUGAGAGCGCAAGUAACGUUCAGCCAUAGACAACCAGCCAACCACAUCGUCUCAGGUGAAACGAGGUAAGUCUACCUUUGGAGGUCGAAACUCCUGGGUAUUGUGUGGUGAUGGGUGUUAGAAGUAUGGAAUCUGCUGUGGUGGGUAUGGAAACGGGUGUGGAGGAUAUGGGUACUGGAACAUUGGAGGUGGCAAUGGGUAAGGGAAGGCCCCCUCUGGUUAAAAAAAUUGGGGUUGUUAGGUCGAGGUGAUAGUGGAGAACGAGGGACCGCCUGCCGGAAAGGGAGUGGACAGUGGUGAUGUAGUGGAGGUGGAGGUCGUCUGUGGUGGAACCGAGCGUUGUGGAGGGGAAGAAUCGGAGCCAGACCCAGAUGAGGUGACGGGGGAAAAAGAGCCAAAAGGAAUGUGUUGGCUUGGGGAAGAAGUUGUGACGGAAGAGGCGGUGGACGAAAUAGUUUGGGUGGCCGGUGCGGUGGAGGUGGCUGAGGAAGGGCCUGUGGUGGGUCGAUGUAGAAGGGAUUGGAGCACAGUGCUCUGUAAGGCAGCAAAGUGAUGAGUGAGGGAAGCGAUGGACUGAUGAAGGUUUGUGCGGCGGAGCUGUGGGGAGGUGUAGUCGGUAAUGGUGGGAUGGAGGAGGUAGUCAUGGGGAUGGAGGGGGUUUGGGUCUGGUUUCCUCGCAGGGUCAUGGCUUUGAUACCAAAAUGAUAGGAACAAAGGAAAUGCAGAAAGGAAAAGAGAUAAAUUCAUAGCAAAUUCAUAUUUUCAUUCCUGAGCAUCCAAAGAUGAAGACUACAGCAUAUAAAGGUCGAGUUUUGGGACCAUUGUCCUCACAACUACUAAAUGAGACACGUGUCCAAAUGGACUGAAAAUAUCUUAGCAAAUAGAGAUAACUAUUGAAUGUGGAUUUGGAUGGAGUAUGCUGAUAGGGAUAAUCGGUCCAGGGCAGAAUGGUCCUAACAGAAUCCUUAUAUUCAGCAAAUUGGGAUUUAGGGUUUAUGAAUUUUAACAUGGCGGAGGACGGCAGCGUAGCUCACACCGAAUUCGACGACGGCGAAAUCAUUUCAGAGAUUCUGGCGAGGCUACCGGUCAAAUCUGUGAUGCGAUUCCGGUGCGUAUCCAAGUCGUGGAACACUCUGAUCUCCGAUCCCUACUUCACUAAGAAGCACUUCAGGUACGCAGAAAUGGGCAUCACCGAGAACAGCUCCAGGCUCCUUUAUUCAAUGGACCCUCCACAAUCCCUAGACCACGAAGCAUUGAAGGAUUUGAAGGAUCAUAGGGAUGGUUAUUUUGCCAACAGAGAACUUGAUUUUCCGGUAAUGAUCCCGGAGUUUUCCAAUCGUUAUAAAAGUAUCGUUGGUUGUUGCAAUGGCUUAAUAUGUUUUUCCGUCCAAGGGGACGACUUUAUCUUGUGGAAUCCAUGCACUAGAUACUCCAAGCUGUUACCGAGAACUCCAUUGCCUGUUUUCAAUCGGCACGCGUUUUGUGGGUUUGGUUAUGAUUCUGCUAAUGAUGAUUACAGGGUAUUAGUGGGGACUAAAGAGAUGGGUGAAGAAAUUACCAUUCAGGUUUUCGCUCUAAAAACGAGUUCAUGGAAGGUGCUCCCCAUUACCAAUGCUCUUAGCAUCUCAGGUCGGGGCUUCUUUUUGAAUGGAGCUUUGCACUGGUUAACGAGGGUUGAGCCAAAUCGAGGGAAUAGCCGAACAAUUUUGUCUUUUGAUUUGGCGGAGGAGAAGUUUCAUGAGAUGAUUCCAUUACCCUAUGAUGAUGAUGAUGGCGGCUUUUAUGGUAUGACAAUUCUUAGAAAUUGUCUUUGUGUGUUUAAUUUCUUAGUUGGGCGGGCUGGUGUUAGCACAAUAUGGUUGAUGAAGGAAUAUGGGGUGAAGCAAUCUUGGACUCAAGUUAUAAGGUGUUCUAAAAGGGAAAUUCCUAAAGAGCACAGACUCCUGUUCUUGCAGCCUAUUUGUAUUCUAGAGAAUGGAGAACUUGUAGGUAAUGAUUUUCGUGCAGGUUUCUUGGUGUUAUAUGAUCCAAAGGAAAAUACAUUCAAGAAUGUUACCAAGACUCAUAAUGAAUUGAAUUGUGGAGCUUUAGUUUACAGAGAGACUUUAGUUUCACCAGUAACCGGCAGUGUUGUAGACAUCUGAAGUCGCUGUUGUGAGAAAUCAAGAAGCCAAACAACCCAGUAUAAAGUCAAGGUGGGAGUCUGGAUGUAGAGGCAUGCAUUUCCUUCACUUGAAAACAAAUUCAAAGAUCCUAGCAGAUUGAGUAGCUGUCAUUCCUCAACUAGCUGGAGUUCUCAGAGCCUAUGUGUCCUUAUGACGUAUAAACUUUGUGUUGUUGUAAUAAACUAUAAUUUGGGUGUUUGUGACGUAUAAACUUUGUGUUGUUGUAAUAAACUAUAAUUUGGGUGUUUGAGUAGAGCUUUGAAGAAGUCUCAGUUAUGGA